AUGGACUAUUCCACAAGAUCGCUGGAGUGGUCCUCUAAAACACAGAUUUUUUUUUUUUUGCCUUUGAAGUGUGACAUAGAAGGUGCUGCUCCUAACGUGUCGAUCAGCUUGAAUCUCCCUGCCAACGGGUCUCCGCUCCAGGACAUCUUAGUCCACCCUUGCGUUACUUCCCUCGACUCAGCUGUACUCACAAGCAGCAGCGUCGAUGCCGUGGAUGACUCGGCUUUCAGUGGACCUUACAAGUUCCCUUUAACGCCACCUCCAGACCAGUUCAAUCUCUGCUAUUAUACUUCCCAGGUGCCUGUUCCACCUAUUUUAGGGUUUUACCAGCUGAAGGAGGAAGAAUCGCAGUGGAAAUUAACUGUGCAGCUGAAGCUACAUGAGAGUGUGAAAAACUCAUUUGAGUACUGCGAGGCCCGCAUCCCCUUUUUCAACAGGGGCCCAAUUACCCACUUGGAGUACAAAAUCACCCACGGCCAACUCGAGGUGUCAAAGGAGAAAAGCUUGCUGGUUUGGGUCAUCGGUAAGAAGAAGCUACUUUUUCUUUCUCAGAGCGAAGAAAAACAGGACGGGACGCCUCCGCUCUACCGUAAAGCAAGCGAGUGUCGCGCGCAGGUUUUUCUCAAGCCGAGGGAGGAACCGCCCUUCCUCGCGAGGCCACGCCCCCUCGCGGCUCCCCCGCUCCUUCCCCUUCCUCUCCCAGCGGCGGCCGUAAAGCGUGGCCGCGAAGUGUCGCGCGCUCGCCCUUCUUCCCUCGCGCGGAGGAGCGGCCUCGCCUGA